UAAGAGCACACUACUGUGACAGAUAGAUUAAAUAAUUGUAAUGGUAGUAUGGGGGGUCUUAUAGGCUUACGUAGAUUGUGGCUACACCCCUGUAAAAUAUCAUAAAUUGUCAUAAACAUGUAUAUAUUUCAUAGCUGUGUUUAAUUAUGCCAUCAAAGUAAAAAAAAAAAAAAGCACAUAGGGACCUGUGUGUGUGAAUUACAGUGAGGAGGUGCCACAUGUUGGAGAGAUGUUUCACUCCCCCCUCAGUGUGUGUGUGUUGUCGUCAGCGGUCAGUCAGCUCUCGACAGCCUCCUGAACGGCUCCACUACUCACUCACUGGAGGCUCAACAGUUCAACUCCCGACGAGCGGAGAGGAGGACUCAGUCCGCGGCACAGCACACACAGACAGACAGGCUGCUCUCCGAAAGAUGUGAAGAUAAAACACAACGUGUUACAGCAGUCUCCACAGCAAAGCCAUUUCUAGUAAAUGCACUUUGCAGCACCGCAAUUUAUCUUUUUGUAUUAUUUUUGUUGCAUUAGUGAGCGGUCGCUAUGGCAGUUGAGUUCACAUCCGGGCCACUAUGCCUUGACUCCAUUAUCGUCUAAAAACUGGCGGAGAGCUUCAUAAACCUUAUUUUAUUAUUUUAUUUUUACAGUUAACGAUUUUUAAUUACGUGCAAUUGAAGUGCUGGAAACCAAGAGGGGACAUGUCUAACCAAGGAGUCCGGCGGAAUGGCCCCGUGAAGCUGCGACUAACAGUCCUCUGCGCCAAAAACCUGGUGAAGAAGGACUUCUUCCGCCUCCCUGAUCCCUUUGCCAAGGUCGUUGUGGACGGUUCAGGGCAAUGCCACUCGACAGACACUGUGAGGAACACACUCGACCCCAAGUGGAAUCAACACUAUGACCUAUACAUCGGGAAAUCAGAUUCUAUCACCAUCAGCGUGUGGAAUCACAAGAAGAUUCACAAGAAGCAAGGGGCUGGGUUCCUGGGCUGUGUCCGCCUUCUGUCCAACGCUAUCAAUCGCCUUAAAGACACGGGCUGUAAGUACCAGAGACUAGACUUGAACAAGCUGAGUCCCAAUGACAGUGACACAGUCAGAGGCCAGAUAGUGGUGAGCCUGCAGUCGAGGGACCGGAUAGGCACGGGGGGCCCCGUGGUGGACUGCAGUCGGCUGUUUGACAACGAUCUCCCAGAUGGCUGGGAGGAGAGGAGGACGGCGUCUGGACGGAUCCAGUAUUUGAACCACAUCACACGCACCACACAGUGGGAGAGGCCUACCAGGCCCGCAUCAGAGUACUCCAGCCCCGGCCGGCCUCUCAGCUGCAUCGUGGACGAGAACACGCCCGUCAGCACAAACGGGGCUACGCCCACCACGGCAUUGCCGCCCAUCGACGGCGACCAGCGGGCCCAGGAGAGACGGGUCCGCUCCCAGAGGCACCGCAACUACAUGAGCAGAACCCACCUGCACACACCCCCGGAUCUCCCUGAGGGAUAUGAGCAGAGGACCACGCAGCAAGGCCAAGUGUACUUUCUCCACACUCAGACAGGUGUCAGCACGUGGCAUGACCCCAGGGUACCAAGAGAUCUGAGUAAUGUGAACUGUGAGGAACUGGGUCCUCUGCCUCCUGGAUGGGAGAUACGGAACACCGCCACUGGGAGGGUUUACUUUGUCGACCACAACAACCGAACCACGCAGUUCACAGACCCACGCCUCUCUGCCAACCUGCAUCUAGUCCUAAAUCCAAGCCCAAGCCCCAAUGGUUCUCGAGGAGGCAUCGAAAGUCAGAAUGUCAGUCGUCAGAACCAGUUGAAGGAUCAGGCCCAGCAGGCUCUGGUGUCCCCCAGUCAGCUCCCAGAGGAGGCCGAGUGCCUCACGGUGCCCAAGUACAAGAGGGACCUUGUUCAGAAGCUCAAGAUCCUCCGCCAGGAGCUGUCCCAGCAGCAGCCUCAGGCCGGACACUGCCGCAUCGAGGUGUCCCGCGAGGAGAUCUUCGAGGAGUCGUAUCGCCAGGUGAUGAAGAUGAGGCCGAAGGACCUGUGGAAAAGGCUAAUGGUGAAGUUCAGAGGAGAGGAAGGGCUCGAUUAUGGAGGAGUUGCCAGGGAGUGGCUCUAUCUGCUGUCGCAUGAGAUGCUGAACCCAUACUACGGCCUGUUCCAGUACUCCCGUGAUGACAUCUACACACUGCAGAUAAACCCGGACUCUGCGGUCAACCCUGAGCACUUGUCAUACUUUCACUUCGUGGGCCGUAUCAUGGGGAUGGCUGUGUUCCACGGCCACUACAUAGACGGAGGCUUCACUCUGCCCUUCUACAAACAGCUGCUGGGUAAACCCAUCACCCUGGACGACAUGGAGUCCGUUGACCCCGACCUGCACAACAGCCUCGUGUGGAUCCUGGACAAUGACAUCACAGGUGUGCUGGACCACACCUUCUGCGUAGAACACAAUGCCUAUGGAGAGAUCAUCCAGCACGAGCUCAAGCCCAACGGUAAGAGCAUCCCCGUCUCCCAGGACACCAAGAAAGAGUACGUGCGGCUCUACGUCAACUGGCGCUUUCUGCGAGGCAUAGAGGCCCAGUUCCUGGCUCUGCAGAAGGGCUUCAAUGAGGUCAUCCCCCAGCACCUCCUCAAGGCUUUUGAUGAGAAGGAGCUAGAGCUAAUCGUAUGUGGUCUGGGUAAAAUCGACAUCAACGACUGGAAGUCCAACACAAGGCUCAAACACUGCACUCCAGACAGCAACAACGUCAAAUGGUUCUGGAAAGCUGUGGAGUCCUUCGACGAGGAGCGCAGAGCCCGGCUGCUGCAGUUCGUCACCGGCUCCUCCAGAGUUCCCCUGCAAGGCUUCAAGGCCCUCCAAGGUGCUGCUGGUCCACGGCUCUUUACCAUCCACCAGAUCGAUGCCAGCACCAACAACCUGCCCAAAGCCCACACCUGCUUCAACCGGAUUGACAUUCCUCCCUAUGAGCAAUAUGACAAACUGUACGACAAGUUGCUCACCGCCAUCGAGGAGACGUGCGGCUUCGCUGUGGGAGUGAGCCACCGAAGCGGGCCGAGCUCAGCAACAACCGGAAGCAACGUGGAUUGGCCGUGAUAAGCCUCCCCCCUACAAAUCAAUCCACUCUCGACGGGGGUCCUCCACGGUUGCUUCACCCAGGGACGCCCAUACUUCCCGGGGGACAUGUGGCCAAGCUAAGGGAGGGUGAGCCAGAGAAGACCAGAAAAUGUCACCUGACUCUGGGUUUCUUUUCAGACCCUCCAGCCCUCCUUCAUGUCUUUUUUUACAUCAUUGAAAAGGAUCUCUUCAGCUGCUAAUAACUCAGACUAUUUACUAACUCGUGGAACCUGCAAAAGUUGCCGGCUCUUCCCUUUUUUUCUAAAUUCAUUUUAGCAUUUUAAAAAUAGACUGUAUUCCAUGUAGCAACGCUCCAUCUUACCAAGCAGAACACAAGGUCAGUCCACUCUGAAACGACAUUAACGAGACUGGUUUGUUUGCUAGAGCACAGGGUUAUUAAUGGUUCCCACAACCACUUGGAAACACUAAAUUUGUAUGCAGAGUGCACGCGACUCGUGCUGUUUGGUGCCUCGGAGUGACCACAUCGGGGCUAUCGCUAACGCCAAGGCUGGAGAACGGGGAUGAGAAGGCGAGACUAGAGACUGAAUUAGGCAGAGCCGACUGUUUACAACCCUCUCCAAAGACGGCAGCAGGGACCUCUGCUCCUGAGUCGCUGCCAGCAAGUAGCGCUGCAUUCCCACUUCACACGUCUGACAGUCAGUUUUGUUUGAAAAUGAAUGAAUAGCUUGAAAUGUGUUAUUUUUAUAUAACGGGGGAAAAAAAUUGAAAACAGUAAAAUUCUAUAUAUAUAUAUAAUUUAUUGCUGAUAUAUUUCAGAAACCCCGAUCCAUUAUUUCAGAAAAAAAAAUAAGAUCUUUUAAAUGUUAAGUGUUACUGUUUAAAUUAUGGAAGACAAAUUGUGAAAAACAGAAUUAAGCUUGACUGAAUUUCACUUACGAAUGCUGUGGUUUAUUUCUGGACACAACUUCUCUCACACUGUACAAGGAGAGGUGUGUCUUAAAGAGCAAAAAAAUAUUUUAAACACACAAUGUCCUCUGAGUGCCAUAAUCAGUUUUUUAAUGAAUGAAUCUUUGUUAAUAUCGAACGGACCCUUUAAAUUAUACUGAUUACAUUCUGGAGCUACUUAUGGUGGUGGUGAUGUCUCCCUACUAUUUUUAUUAACACAUUUGUAGCUGGGCUAUAUUAAGGGGAUAGUUUGUGGUGUUUGAAGUAGGGUUAUAUGAGGUACUUAUCCACAGUAGGUGUAUUACCUAUAGUAGAUGACGGUUGGUGUGCCCCCAGCUUGGAGAAACAGAGAGGAGUACCGACACCCGAGCAAAGCAACGUAUUGCUGUGGACGGGGCCGGUAGCAACGCUAUAUUUAGAAUAUUUUCACCGCUUUAUCUUGCCGUCAGAUAGCCCUUUCCUUCUACUUUCUGACAGCGAACUGAACUGAAAAUGAAACUUAUCUAUGUCUCUCCAAAGCCAGCAGGCUCAGAUGACA